ACCUGUGGUCUGAAAAAUGGGCAAUAACAACAAUAAUUACGACAGCCAAACGCCUAACACUCCCCCACAAUAAUCACGUCACAGCACCGCACAAGGACAAAACUGGGAACAAGGGCAAUCAUGUAAUUCCACAAUCCAUUGCUUAUUGGAAACAAAAAAUGGAUUAAGAGCAAUAAACCUACCGUCCUGGUGGUUCUUCCUCCUCCCAACAACCACUCUCCGCACCCUCCACACCCAGAUGCGCCGAGGGAGAGCCGCCGCCGCCCACCACCACCCUCCGCCCAAGGAGACGCGCUUCCGCGGCGUCAGGAAGCGCCCCUGGGGCCGCUUCGCAGCCGAGAUUCGAGAUCCCUGGAAGAAGGCGCGCGUCUGGCUCGGCACCUUCGAUUCCGCCGAGGAUGCUGCCCGGGCCUACGACAACGCCGCCCGAUCCUUCCGCGGGCCCAAAGCCAAAACCAAUUUCCCCAGCCCCAGCCCCAGCCCCGAGCCCGACCAGAUUCCCCUCUACCAGGCCCACGGCUUCUCCAAGUUCGAGCCCGUGGUCCAGGUGAACCGACCCACCACCAGCGGCAUGAGCAGCACCGUGGAGUCCUUCAGCGGGCCUAGGGUUCCCUCUUCUCACACCAUCCACCCUCGCAGGCCCGUCAACCCUAUCGCUCCCCCUCUGGACGAUUGCCACAGCGAUUGCGAUUCCUCCUCCUCCGUGGUGGACGACGACGAGGACUGCGUCCUUACCUCCUCCUUCCGGCAACCGCUGCCCUUCGAUCUGAACCUCCCUCCGCCUGAUGACCUCCCUGCGACGGCUCUCUGCCUCUGAUGGAUCUGCCCGGUAUAAUCCUCCUUCCUGGCUCUCGUUUAAUUAAUUAAUGUUUCCGAGUUGUUAGAUUAUUGUGGUGUUGUAGAGUAUUAUAGCAUCGAGGUUUGUGUGGUGGUUGUGUUGUUGUAAGUUAUUUGGAUCCUCUCUCAUAUAGCAUUGGACCUCAUCUCAAAACUGGUUGGUGCUUAUGCUUUCUUCAUGGAUCUGCUUCUUACUUUACCCAUUACAACUCACUCUUUUCCCCCCCUUUUUUUGUACAUAAAUUAUGCCAAUCAGAUCAUACAAUAAAUCACAUUCUAAUCCCAUUCCUCUUCC